AUCCUCGUCAAAUCUUUCUCACCUCGUCGCAAUCCAAUCCACCACCCGGCGAAGAAGGCGACGAGAUGGCGGCGAGCAGCUUCAUGGGGUCGUCGUCGCGGCUCCGCGUCGGCCUCCUCCCGUCCGUGACCCCGCGCCUCGGCCGCCGCGCACUCGCCGCCCGCGCCUCCGCGGACGGCGGCGGCGGCCCGGUCCGCGUCCGCUUCGCGCCGUCGCCCACCGGCAACCUCCACGUCGGGGGCGCCCGCACCGCGCUCUUCAACUACCUAUUCGCGCGCUCCAGGGGCGGCAAGUUCGUCCUCCGCGUCGAGGACACCGACCUCGAGCGCUCCACCAAGAAGUCCGAGGAGGCCGUCCUCAGCGACCUCUCCUGGCUCGGCCUCGACUGGGACGAAGGCCCGGACAUUGGUGGCGAUUUCGGCCCUUACCGCCAGUCUGAGCGCAAUGCUCUGUACAAAGAGCAUGCCCAGAAGCUAAUGGAGUCUGGUGCUGUUUAUCGCUGCUUCUGCUCUAGUGAGGAACUUGAGAAAAUGAAGGUAACUGCGAAUCAGAUGAAGAUUCCUCCUGUAUACAUGGGGAAGUGGGCUACUGCUUCAGAUGCAGAAGUUCAACAAGAGUUAGAGAAAGGCACACCUUAUACUUACCGUUUCCGAGUGCCAAAGGAAGGUUCACUGAAAAUUAACGACCUUAUUCGUGGUGAGGUCAGUUGGAAUCUAAACACACUUGGUGAUUUCGUGAUCAUGAGAAGCAAUGGCCAGCCAGUGUAUAACUUCUGUGUUACGGUUGAUGAUGCUACCAUGCGCAUCUCUCACGUUAUCAGAGCUGAGGAGCACCUACCAAACACAUUACGGCAAGCCCUCAUUUAUAAAGCUCUUGGAUUUGCAAUGCCUUUAUUUGCCCAUGUCUCACUCAUUCUGGCUCCUGAUAAAAGUAAACUCUCUAAACGUCAUGGGGCUACUUCUGUGGGGCAGUAUAAAGAGAUGGGCUAUCUGCCUCAGGCAAUGGUCAAUUAUUUAGCACUCUUGGGCUGGGGUGAUGGCACUGAAAAUGAGUUCUUCACCAUUGAUGACUUGGUUGAGAAGUUCACUAUCAAUCGCGUCAAUAAAAGUGGAGCAGUCUUUGACGCAACAAAAUUGAAAUGGAUGAAUGGACAGCAUCUACGGUCACUUCCUUCUGAUUUGCUCAUCAAGGACUUCGAAGAUCGAUGGAGGAGCACAGGCAUUCUUCUGGAGUCUGAAAGUGGUUUUGCUAAAGAAGCUGCUGAGCUUUUGAAGGAGGGCAUUGACUUGAUAACAGAUGCGGAUGCUGCCCUUUGCAAAUUAUUGUCGUAUCCCCUUCAUGACACUUUAAGCAGUGAUGAAGCUAAAUCUGUGGUGGAAGACAAACUUUCUGAGGUUGCAUCGGGUCUCAUUGCUGCUUAUGAUAGUGGUGAGCUUGGUCAAGCACUAGCUGAAGGCCAUGAUGGUUGGAAGAAGUGGGUGAAAUCUUUUGGCAAGACUCACAAAAGGAAGGGAAAGUCGCUAUUUAUGCCACUCCGAGUGCUGUUGACCGGGAAGCUUCACGGACCUGCCAUGGACAGUACCGUAAUCCUCGUUCACAAAGCAGGCACCUCUGGUGCGGUGGCCCCUCACUCUGGUUUCGUGAGUAUCGCUGAAAGGUUCAAGAUCCUGAAAGAGGUGGACUGGGAGUCACUGCAGAAACAACAAGAGUCCCCGGUUGAAUCUGCCGUUCCCGCGGCUUCGUAAAAUUUUGUAGGGAAUCCAGAACAAUCAUAUAAUGUGAGUGAGUGAUGGCUUGUUACUUUUUUUUUCGAUUUACGCGUGUAAUGAAUUUUGAGGAUAUGUGCUCCAUCUUUUUGUAUGUUGUGUUGCCUAUUUCUUCCGUUGCUGGGAACACAUAGGACACGUCUAGUAAGAUGUACGAAUAGUUUGGCGCUUAAUAAAGUGUUUUUUUCCCCUGUA